AUGGCUACGCCUGUCUAUAAUGCCUCGAUGCCCGAGGGCGGCGACCCGCUCACCGUCGAUGUCAACGCUCAGUAUCUCGGUUACGAGUACAACUACGUCUACAUCGUCGCUUGCACCUUCAUCGUCUUCAUGAUCCUGCCCGGAAUCGGGCUGUUGUACAGCGGGCUGACGCGGAGAAAGUCCGCCAUGACGCUGCUCUUCCAGGCCUUCAUGGUUCUUGCGGUCUCGACCUUCCAGUGGCUGUUCUGGGGGUACUCGUUGGCCUACUCCAGAGAUGGAGGUCCUUUCAUUGGUACACUCAAAAAUUUUGGGCUGAGGGAGGUUCUGGUGGCCCCCUCGCCUGGCUCGGCAGUGCUGCCGGAGGUCGUGUUCUGUCUGUUCCAACUGCUCUUCUGCGCAUGCACGGUGAUGAUUGUCGUCGGUGGCACUUUCGAGCGAGGCGCGAUUCUCCCUUCUCUCGUCUUCAGCUUCUGGUGGGCUACGGUCGUGUACUGCCCCUUGGCUCGCUGGACCUGGAGCAGUAGCGGAUGGCUGUACAACCUCCCAGCGAUUGACUUUGCAGGCGGCGGCCCGAGGACGGAUUAUGGCGCUCCGUCGUUUCGCAAGCCUCACAACACCACCCUCAUCUUUCUGGGAACUGUCUUGAUUUGGACCGGCUGGCUGGGCUUUAACGGCGGCUCGAGUCUUAACGCGAGCAUGCGUGCUAUGGUGGCCGUAUUCAACACCAACACAGCCGGCUGCACGGGUAUCCUUGGCUGGGUCCUGGUGGACAUGAUCAAGCACCGAGGGAAAUUCUCCAUUGUUGGUGCGUGUGAAGGUGCGAUCGCGGGGUUGGUCGGCAUCACGCCGGCGGCCGGCUGCGUCUCAUUCUGGCUUGCUGCCUGCAUUGGAUUCAUCACUGCGGUGAUAUGCUCGCUCUUGCAAGAUGUGAACGAGUGGAUUGGGGUCGACGAAGGCCUGGACGUCUUCAAGCUCCACGGCAUCGGUGGAAUGGUCGGGGCGUUCCUGACGGGCUUGUUCGCCAGCCAGAAGAUCUCCGCCCUGGAUGGCAGCAGCCUGGCGCCCGGAGCGAUCGAUGGCAACGGUGUGCAGGUCGGAAAGCAGCUCGCGGAGAUCUGUGCCAUCGCGAGCUACUCGUUCGUGGUGACUAGUGCGCUGCUGCUGAUUCUUAAGUAUAUCCCCGGCAUGAACCUUCGGGUCAGCGAGGAAGCCGAGUUGUUAGGGCUGGACCAGACCGAGUUUUACGACGAGCAGAUCGGGGACUGGUCGAUUACCCACGGGAGUACCAGCAAUUCGGUGAUGGGCGUGUCACAGAAUUCAUCCGGCUCUAUAACCAAGGAGGAGUGUCACGUCAAGGGCAGUGGGGUAUAG